CGCCGAUUAGAGACUGUAUUGGUUUCUCCGGCGUACACGGGAGUUUCGUUAGCUCGAACCAGCCUAAAGAAGGGUGUAAAGUUGUUUCUGAGGUUACGCAGAGAGGGAAAUGAGCUUGUGCCAUUGUUGUCUGGGUAUAGCGCGAAGACGAGAGAGAGAGAGUUUGAUAGAGUUUGUAUCGAAGCUACGCAUGGUUUUGUAUUGCAAUUGGGUUUUCAGCAAUUCAAUCGUUUCAAGCUCCAGCUUUAGCUGUGCCCUUCCUCGGUGAUGUGUUAUGGAAGAAAAAGAAAGAGAGACACUGAGAGAAAAGGAGUUAGCUUUGAAAACUGUUGAUCAUGAGUUCUCGGAUUAUACUCGGAGAGACAGUCUCGGUUCUACUCAAGAGUAUUGACAAGGUCAGAAGCGGAACUGGGAACGGCUUUAGUAAAGGAAUCUGCAUUUCUGCAGUUUACUCGGAUGAUUGCAUCUUCGAGGACCCGACAAUCAGCUUCCAGGGUAGGAGGAAUCACUCUACAAAUAAUGGAAAAGGCUCUGAUACAGGCGAAAGCUGGGCGUCGCCAUAAUCUUGCUGAAAUGGCAAAGUGCUCACCACCUCCUACGUCCAUCCAAGCAAAGUAUACUUUCUUAUUGGUUCUGGUGGGAAAAAAAGUAAAGAGCAUCACUGAAGAAUCCGGAUUUGAAGCCAUUGAUAUGCAAGAUGAUGGAAUUGUCAAAAUUAUGGCAAACGAUAUGGCUACUCUGGAGAGGGCGAAAGCCAUUAUCAGUGGAUUGACAAUGGUUCCAGCUGCUGUUGGUGAUAUCUACAGAGAUUGCGCAUGGACGUGAGGGACUUUGCCAUAUCAGUGAGCUGAGUGCUGAAUGGCUUGCAAAACCCGAGGAUGCAUUCAAAGUAGGUGAAUGAAAAAGGUCAGCUUCGGCUUAGUUGUUGAACACAGAAACAUGGAUACUUCGUCCAAGGACCGUGCAGCUGCAGGAGCAUCAAAAGUUGCAUCUGUGGAUGAACUUGUCCUGAAGAAGAAAGAUGCCAGGAGAGCAGCCAGUGGUGACAAGCCAAUGAAAAGCAAUAGCAAGCAGUAGCAAUGAAGAAGAGAGAAGCAGUUUAGUCAUUAAUGGUUUAGCCUUGAACCGGUUUAAUUCCUCUUCUGGUUUAGCCUUGAACCGGUUUAAUUCGUCACCCUAUGUUUCAUUAUCCUCUCUUAACCGGCGACGAUACUUA